AUGCGAACAAAUUAUACAGUGGAAGCAGUUCCGUACGAAAUGGACAAGGAUCGGGCUCGGGCAUACAUGGUGCCAAACUGCCUAAGAGAGUCUCAUCUAAAGCCGGGCCAGCACGUAAAGAUCACUGGGCCCUGCAAUGAAACUGUGCUGAAAAUCAUUCCAAAGUUUGAUGGGGAUGAAAACGCAGUCUAUCUGCCGAGGGAGGAAAUAGUGCACUUGGGUGUACGUGCUGGGGACCUUGUGACGGUAGAAAGGGCUGGCUUAGACCACCCUGCGUGCACUGAUAUGGUUGUUGUUUUUAAGAAGAUGCGCAAGACUGUGGAGAGGCUUGAGUCUCUUCGGCUGAUUCUAACCGAUAAAAGGAUCCUUAAGAACGGAGAGACGGUUCUUGGAGGGCACAUAAGAAUAAAAGAAGAAAUAGCAAAAAUAACUGAAGAAACAAAAAUAAAAAUAGAAACAGAAGAAUCUGCAGUCUUUGCUGUUGGUCUGGAAAAAGAGGUCGAUAGGCUUAAAGAGUUUAUUGAUAAUGCACAUUUGGAAGAAAAAGGCAUGCUAAGCAGCACUUCUGUUUUAGAUGUAUCGCGCAGUAGAGAGAGCCAGUAUCUGAGAGCGCCAAAGGGCAUACUCGUGUCGGGAGAUACAGGCAUGGGAAAACGAACACUUUGCAUGUAUGUUCUGCAAGAGGCAGGAAAAGACUGGGUGCGAGUGCAUGGGAAUAAAGCAAAGGCAAUAGAGGAUGCAUUUGAGUAUGCAAAGCUGAAUGAGCCGUGCACUGUCUGGAUAGAUAGGAUCGAGCGGCACUUAGAAGAAAAGAGCACAGAAACUGUAACCACUAUAGAAAGGAUUAUGGAGGAAAUAUACCGAGAUAGGAGACGAAUAGCAGUAAUUGCUACAACUAAUAGUUUAUCCGAAAUUCCCAGUGAGAUAAAAAGUGCAUGUGUUCUGGACAGAACAAUUGCGCUGCAUGCCCCAACCCUUUCCCAAAGAAAAGAGCAGAUCGUGGCCGGAAUAAAAGAGCAUGCGGCAUCUACUGGAUGCCAGAUUAAAGAGAAAGAAGUUGAUGCUGCUGCAAAGCGUACCGCGGGCUUUACGCGGGGAGAGCUAUUUUUGCUUAUUCGAGACACACUUUUCACAAAAGAUAUGCAGAUAGAAAGAGCAGCUUGUAUAGAGAAAGCGCAGGAGACAGUGCCAAUAGAUGAGUCUAUACGCGCACUAUCAAUUAUAGAGAAAACCCGGAAAUGCGAUGGGAUGUGCAUGGAUCGCCUUAUGCGGUGCAUUGUACGAACUAUUCCCAGUGCAUCAGACGGCGUGCCUGCUGAAGUGCCAGACAUUCGGUUCACAUCAAUUUUCGGCCAGGAGAUAGCUAAAGAAAAGCUGCACGAAACAAUUAUCUGGCCUUUACUACAUAAAUCACUCUUUGAAGAGGUGGGUAUAUCUCCGCCAAAAGGAGUUCUUCUAUAUGGCCCGCCUGGCUGUGGAAAGACACUUAUUGCGCAGGCGCUGGCGAAUGAAAGUGGGUCUGUUUUUCUGUCCAUCCGCGGUCCAGAGAUAAUGGGGAAAUAUGUUGGAGAGAGCGAAGAAAGAGUGCGCAAGGUAUUUGCAAGUGCACGGGCGCAGGUACCAUCUAUCAUAUUCAUUGAUGAAAUUGACUCUAUCGCACCACACAGAGAAUCCGAUGGUGGGCAGGUGGACAAAAGAGUUGUCUCUACUCUUCUGACAGAAAUGGAUGGUGUGGGCGGCGCAGCAGGCGUGUUUGUUCUUGGUGCAACAAAUAAGCCCUGGAGCAUUGACAGUGCGCUUAUGAGGCCGGGUAGAUUUGACUGCCAUGUUCUUGUAGACCUUCCAGAUGCAGAAACCCGAAGAGAAAUAAUUCAGAAUAAGCUUAGAAAAAUGCUUGUAGCCAUCAUCAAGUGGGGUGUGAAUGAAAAUGCUGUCCGUGAGUUUGAAGAGUAUCUAGCAAAUCGUACUUCUGGGUUUACUGGGGCCGAAUUAACUGGAAUGUGCGCAGAUCUGUCCAUGUGUGCGCUUAGAUUUAAAAUUCAGACCCCCGCGUGCACUAGUGAAACCAUAGAAGAAGAGCUACUUAGACGCCUUAAAGAAGUCGCGAAGAAAACCAUGCCUCGCAUUCCUAAGAAGGAAAUAGAAACAUUUAGAAGGUUUGCGAGCGAUCCCAUGAGCUUUGGGCAAUAUUAAAAGAAGUCGCAUACACCUCGAUUCAUGGAAGUUUAUAAUAACUGUGUGAUUGGACUUUUGAGGUUUGUGACUCUAAAUGCAAUAAGCAUGCAGAAAGAAAGAUCAAUUAAUAUAUGACAGAUCCUUUAUGGAAUAAUAAAAUAAAUUUCGGGUUAUUUCGGGCU